CUUGCAUCACCACCUAUAAGAAAACUCCUCCACCAGUGCCGCCCCGAACCUCAACCUGUUCUUCAGCCUCCAAGCCCUACAUCUCCAUCACAGCUCAGAGCAGCACAGAGUCUGCACAGGAGCACCUCAGCAGCUGAGGCACUGAAGAGGAACCAGAAGAUGUUAGGCCUUCCGCACCACAAGCUGAUAACUGAUGUUGUUGUCCGCUGGAACAGUGCCUAUGAGAUGAUCAGCCGGUUUCUUGACCAACAGCCAGCUGUUACUGCUGCCCUCUUAUCUCCAGAGGUCAGAAAGAAUACCACUGACAUCUCUACCCUGACUGAUGGAGACAUCAAGAAUACAGAAGAGGUUGUGAAAGCCCUCCAUCCAAUGCUGGUAGCAACAAAGAGCAUGUGUGAGGAGAAAAGUCCAACUGUUUCCAUCAUUGGUCCUCUUCACGCCCAACUUCUGAGCGACACACUCAGCACAAUUGAGGAUGCCCCUCUCGUCAAGGACAUAAAGUGUGCCAUCCAUGGAGACCUAUCAAAGCGCUACAUGUCUGCAGAGGAGAAAAACUUCCUCUACGUUGCCUCCGCCUUAGACCCCAGGUUUAAGUCGAUGCUCUUCUUGUCGCCUUCAGAA